GCAGACCGUGCUGCGGGCCGUCUUCGGUACUGAACACCCAAGCAAGGGGCAGGCGGGAAAGGGAAGGCGGUAGAUCUUGUGGCGCUAUGGCGAAGCCGGAGUUCACGGUUGGCAAAAACAUGGACCACCCCCACCUGAAGGGGCGGUUCACGCUGAGGAUUUGGAUCCCCGUAGAGCAGACCGCCAUGGUCAUUGGCAAGUGCGGCCAGAUCAAGCAAGAGCUGGGCGUCAAGUCUAUCGACUGUCCGGUUGCGCCGCCCGGCCUCUUGUGGUCGCCGGUAGUCAUCACGGGUGAUCCCACAAGCUCAUUCAAGGCCUACAAAGCCAUUGCCGAGAUCGUCGAAGGUGCGAUCUGCUUACAGGUCGACACUGCGGCCGUGGCCGAGUUCCCGCUGCACCUCAGCCGGCACCCGAUCAUCGUGGGCCCGAAGGGAGCGACGCUCAAGCGCAUCAGCGCGGCGAACGCCGUCCGCAUCACGGUGCCGUCGGAGAAGGAGGCGGCGGCGCAGCAGCAGCAACAGCACGGGUGGCCGUCGUCGUCAUCGUCGUCGUCAUCCUUGCGGGAUAAGAAUCUUGUCGUUCAGGUGCGGGGGGAAGGGAUGCGCCACACGAUGGUUACCGAAGCGCAGCGAGGCGUACCACAGGCCGUGGGAUGGAGCCACGCUCCGGCGGCAGCAGCGGCAGCAGCAGCAGCAGCAACAACAUUAACAACAACAGCAACAGCAACAACGAAAACGGCGACGACCGUGGCCAACAAACGGCAGCAACCAGCGAAGCAGGAGCCGGGGCAAGGGCACUCGCGGCCGCCCCCGACGGAGAUAGGUACGCCGUCGCCGGCACAACAGGGGACAGGUGCGCGUGGCAAACGACAGCAGCAACAGCAGCAGACGACCGCGAAAGCUGCUGCAGCUUCGGGCGGGGGUGGACAAGCUAUAGCAGCCGCGGCGAUUAACUCGGUUAUGCGAGGGGCGGCCGGCGAAGGGGCACAGCAGCAGCGGACGAGCUCUCCUCGGACGACCAACAACACGCAGUGGCCGACUCCGCCGCGGCAAGCCGGUGAAGCGAUGCCGGAAGAAAGCCCAAAGCAGCAGCAGCAGCAGCAGAGCCAAGGGCAGAUGGUGAUACCGAUCCCCGGGCCGUUGCCCAGCACGGAAAGGUCGGAAGAAACCGUGCGGUUGCCGGCGAGCGUCAUCCCGGUGCUCAAGGGCCAGGCCAAGUCGAAGCCGGGCAACGGGCUGGUUGUCGCACGAUGGCUAAUUUUGAAGGACAUCCAAAAGCACACAGGCACAAGGGCGACAGCGAUCUCAGUGCCGCGUGCCGGGGCGGACGGGGGCAGGGGGGGAACGGGAAACGCGAACGCUUCGGCGACGAAGACGACGACAGAGAACGCCGCCGAAAGUACGGCAGAAGCAACGCCUACGGCCGUCGCCGAUGGCGACACAGAUGAGGACCUCGUGCUCUUGGUCAAGGGCCCGACAAACUGUGUGGAGGUAGCGGCAGAAGCGCUGAGGAAGCUGGGCCGGAAGGAGACCGUGCGAGACGCGCUGACGUUCGUCAAGAAGACCUCGCCCCAUCGCCGGCUUACGCAGCAGCGCCGUCAAGAGCCGCAGCAGCAGCCGCAGCAGCAGCUGCCGCAGCAGCAGCAGGAACAGGACGCACGGAGAGACGGGGGCGGCAAGGCGCCGCCUCACCAGCACCCCACACGCCAGGUGUACUCCGCCGCCGCCGCUGCCGCCGCCGCCGUCGCCGCAUCGUCACCGAGAAAUUCUGCUACCACCAGAGCACAGGGAGGAGGAGGAGGAGGAGGAGNGGAGGAGGAGGAGGAGGAGGAGGAGGAGGAGGAGGAGGAGGAGGAGGAGGAGGAGGAGGAGGAGGAGGAGGAGGAGGAGGAGGAGGAGGAGGAGGAGGAGGAGGAGGAGGAGGAGGAGGAGGAGGAGGAGGAGGAGGAGGAGGAGGAGGAGGAGGAGGAGGAGGAGGAGGAGGAGGAGGAGGAGCGCCCCCUCCCAAGCAUGGCCGCAACAACGGCGGCGGCAACAGGCACCUUCAGGAUGAACAGACCGGCGGGUGGCAACAAGCUGGUGGCGACGGAGGCAGGAACGGGGGAAAAGAAACGGGGAGGGGGGGACGAGGGGGACGAGGGGGACGAGGGCGUGGUCACCAUUCGGUGCACGAGAGUAAACCUCAGCCACGAGCGCCCAGCCACGAUGCGCAGCAUCAGCAAGUCGAGGGAGCGGGAGGGGUGCAGUCGGGACAGGCUGCAACAAAGGCUUCAAACAAACCUUCCCGGCAAAAGAGGAGCGGGUCUUCAAGAGGCGGCGGAGGGCGAUCGAAAGCUGCAGGAGGAGCACCACCGCAACCCGCGGCAGGUGCUUCAGGAGGAGACGGGCAAGGAAAAGGACAGGGUGGAAGCACGGCGAAAGGUCGAGGGAUAGCCCCUACAGCAGCUACAAGGCAAUCGUGAUCUCGUUCGGGCCGCCGCACGUCUGAUUCCAGCUGCCUCAGUCUUUGCGCUUGUAGCCAAGCGGGUCGCUCCGCAAGAAAGCAGGCGGUUGCGCGAAAAGAAAGAAGUCCGUAUUUCAAUCGUAAUCGUGAGAGUUUUGGAGCAGCGUCAUGGGCCCAUCUGACAUGUUUUCACGGGUGUACCGUGCGGCAUCUUAGCGGGCUCGAAUCGGGAGCUCUCGCGCACCUCGUCCAAACUCGAUGCCAAAAUCACACACUUUUGUUAUGGGCUACUCAACAGGUUGGUUUCGCGGCGGCCUCGAUUCGCACCGAAAAGAAUUUCAGCUUUUGAACUGGACGGGAGGAGGGGGCAUUUUCGUUCGGAAUAGAUGACUUGGUGUUACCCGCGAUUGCUGCGUGAGCGAGAUAUCGUAUGGCUCCGGGAUGGGCGGACCGCUUCCUCCCUCAGCGUGUGUUCUAGGUCGUGGUGGUGACUAGUUGGCCACGGAUUUGAACGCCUUUCGCUUCAACUAGGACCAGCAGUAGGACAACAAAGCUGGCAACGAAAAAAGGGUCAAGUGGGUCAGUCAGA